UUGGUGGGUGGCGGUAGGGGUUGUCUGUGGCGCAGCUGGUCAGAAGCUAAUUGUGGGGGUUAAAGAGGGGUUAACCGAGAGAGCUGAAUGCCGUCCUGGGACUGUGCUGGGGGUGAAGGACUAUGCUGUGGUUUCCCAGUUUGGAAACUGGAGGUGUCACAAUGCCUCCCUGGGCAUCCCAGGGCAAAACAGUGCUGUGUAAACUUAUUGAUUGAAAUGUGCAGUUCUGUCAAAAUGCAAAGCUUUGCCCGGAAGAUGGAGUUGGUCUAUUCUUUAAUCUGGUUUUCUCACCUCCCUUGGUUCUCUGCUUUUCCAUAUUAGGUCCAGUUGUCUCAUCUGCAUAGCUUAUUGAUUACAGUAUUUGUCACUUAAGAUAUACAUUAUUUUCUGUUUAUGGCAAAUUAGCGCUUAACACAUAUGUGAAGAACCUUGAGGCUUUUGUUUUAACGGCUUUGUGUCCAGCCCAGUCAGCAGAGAGCAUGUCCUUUGCAAUUCCAGUUCUCAGCUCUACCACUGACAUCUUGAUGAGUUUCCUGCUGCAGGAACUCUCUUGGGUGGUUAUUUCUGCGUGCCAGUUCCAGUAAUGAUGAGCUCUCCGUGCAGUUAACAGAAGGACAUGGCUGUGAGAGCUUGUGGCUUGAUCAUCUACAGGAGGCUGCAGUCAGCAGCAUCUUCUAAGGUCACUGAUGGUAUUGAGUACCUCCUCCUUCAGACAUCCUAUGGAACCCAUCACUGGACCCCACCCAAAGGCCAUGUGGAUCCAGGAGAGGAUGACCUACAGACAGCUCUCCGGGAAACGCAGGAAGAAGCUGGUCUUCAGGCCAGCCAGCUCACCCUCAUAGAGGGGUACAAGAAAGAGCUACACUAUCCUGUCCAUGGCAAACCAAAGACUGUCAUUUACUGGCUGGCAGAAAUGAAGGACUAUAACACAGAGAUCAAGCUCUCGGAGGAGCACCAAGCUUUCCGGUGGCUGAAGCUGGAGGACGCUUGCAAGUUUGCAGAAUAUGAAGACAUGCAAGCGACGCUGAAAGAAGCGCACCAGUUUCUGUGCUCCAGAUAAUAAAUGCUGUCGUGGAGGAACAGGGGGAUUUUUGAAGAAGCACAGCUUGCUGCUUUUUUUUUUUAAAUCUUUAAAUUCAGUGAAGAACUUUUAAAGAGCUUCUGCUUUUGUCUCCCUUUGCUAAUGCAAAAAAGUGUUGUCUGGCUGAACAAUGAGCCAGAGAUGUCUGAAAUGAAACCUAGAGCUAGCAAAGAAUUCUUUUGUCCCUUCCUCCUUUUUCUUUUUCAUUUUUUCCCCUUUUUUCCCCCUCUUAACCACAGGUCUUUUUGUUAAAUCAAACACUUUAUUUCUUGACUUGCUACUGUAGAACUACAGAGCUGAGAAAAUGAGCAUAUGGAGGAUUUUAGCAACAAAAUGUUUACUGCAGAAAUUGCACCUUGCAUUUCAAAUGGGGAAGCAGUAAUUCUGUUCCCAACUCCUCCACUGACAUGCUGUGAUAACUUGUCAAAUCAUUUCAGAUCUUGCCUGUUUGUAUCGUGAAUUUAUGUACAUCACUAAUGUACUUCUAUGAAAUCAUUUUCCAUCCAAAGUCUCUUAGUAAACUGUUGAUUUACAACGUUUAAAUGGUAAA